GGCGGCGUGAACUGGGACACGCGCCGCCCUGCCGUGCCCGUGCGGCUCGCCUCUCUUCUCCAGGCGCCAUGGCCUCCGAGCUAGGGUUACCGCCGCCGGCGAAACGCCCACCGGCGACACCCACCACCAUUGCCUCUAUCAGCGACGACCUCCUCUUCGAGAUCUUCCUCCUCCUGCCCUCCCUACCGAGCCUCGUCCGGGCCGCCCUCGCCUGCCGCACCUUCCUCCACGCCGUCCGCGCGUCCCCCGCCUUCCGCCGCCGCUUCCGGGCGCUCCACCCGCCGCAGCUCCUUGGCUUCUUCGGGGAACCCCGCCGCGCCGCCGUACCUCCCUUCGCCCCCCUCCGCAGCCGCUCCGACCCGGACCUCGCAGCCGCCGUCCGCGGCUCCGAUUUCUUCCUCACCCGUCUCCCGGAAGACAGCGGCGACUCCACCCUCGGGUGGGAGUUACAGAGCCUCCACGGCGGCUACGUCGUCCUCGCCGACGAUACCACCAACCAGAUCGCUGCCUACAACCCUGUCACGCAGGCAUUGCAUCUUUUACCCCAACCGCCCGAGGAGAUCCUACUCUCCAAUUCUCCUGACUUCCACAUUGUCUUCUCCGAAGAGGACCAGCGAGUGUUCCGUAUGGUCUGUGUCCAGCACCAGGACACGCUAGGGCGGGUGCCAGCUUGCGUAGCUGUCUUCUCAACGGCGACUACGGAGUGGCAGGUUUUGCCAUGGGUGGAGACCCCGCCUCCACCGCCACAGCCAUCACCACCACCACCGCCACAACCUGAGGAUGACGAAGACGAUUUUAUCAUGUUUUACCCUGGCACGCAGCUGAAUGGAUUCGUUUAUUGGAAACACACGAGUCAACCCUAUGUACUCGUUCUCAACACUGCGACAGUGCAAUUCUCAAGAGUGGAUUUGCUGCCAUUCUUGGGUGAGCUUGAGUCUUCGCGAUUUAGGCUUGGAAAGACCAAGGAUGGGAUGCUAUGUAUGGUUGGCAUAGAUACCUCCGAUGCCAACGAUGGAACUCUUCAUGUUUGGUUUUGGAGAGCCGACGAUGACGGUGUUGAGACAUGGGUUCUGGAAGAUACUUUUCCACUCAGUACAUUUAUUGAUUCCACCAAGUCUUCAACAGAGGAUGAUCCCACAGUGCAGAUUGAGGCGGUUAUCGACGGAUUUGUUUAUUUGUCAACCAAGUACGAUGAGAAUACUGACGAUGAGCAUACUGAGUCUCUGCUAUCCCUCUGUUUGGAAACAGCCAAGCUAAACAAGCUCAUUGAUGAUACAUAUGUAAGCCCCGCGCAUCCCUACAUCAUGGAGUGGCCUCCUUCUUUUGUGUGCAACAAGGAGGAUGCACAAACCAUGGUUACUGGAGGAAGUGUUGUGGAUGCUGCUCCCGUGGGCACGAAAGAAACUUCCUCUGAUCAUGCCUCAGCGUCGCAAUCCUACAAAUCUGAUUAAUGACGAUGAAGCAAAGGUCAUAUUGAGUGUUUUACUUUGUAUUGAGAAUGAUAAGAUCUCUUGCGAGCAAAAUCACUAUGAGGCAUAGCUGGCAACCCAACCUCUUUGCCAUGAGCUUUUGUUUGAGUGUGUCAGUACUUCAGUUUUUGGAGGGUGUGAAAUGGGCAUUUUCUGGUGACACGCUGUUUUUUUUUCUUUUCUUGUGAGAAAUGGGACAUGCUGCUUCCCCCCACUAUGAUUCGCAAUUACCUUUUGCCCGAUUUUUACAUGAAACAGUUCAUGAUGCGUGGUCAGCCUUCUGAAUCACUUGCCCGUCAGAUUA